AUGGCACGGCGCUACAACACCACAACUGCACGCCUCUCAGACCAUGAGCGUUUCAUGGAUGCUGUCGCCUUCGGCGAUGUCGAAGGUGUUACCCGCCUAGUACGAGUGGCACUGAACAACAACAAAGGUCCACGGGAGAUCCUAAGACGUUUAGAGCUCGCAAUCGAGGGGAAGUAUGCUGUCAAGAGUUUUGAGGAAAAGCAUUAUGAGGUCCAACGCUUGGUCUUGUCCUUAGGAGGGCCUCGUCUUGCCUACUCGCUCUCAAAGGCCCUCAACCUUCCCUCGAUCUCUACGACAAGGGAGCACUCCGAUACGCCCAAGAUUGUCCCAUCCAUUGGAUUCCCCACGUCUGCAGAAAUCUCGCAGAAUAUUGACGCGCUUUUCAGCGUUGGUAUUCUGGGAGGUACGCUCAAGACUCGUGGAUAUUCCUUCCAGAUUGACGAGAUCGCCUUGGAGGAGCGACCACGCUACGACAGCGGCCGUGACGCAAUCCUUGGUAUGGCUCGAGAGGACGCAGCUUCAUGCGACCUGUCUACUGUCACUCUUGAGACUCUGCAUGCUGCUGCAGAUGCGCUGGAGGAGGGCUCCCUCACAAUUGCAAAAGAGGCGACGGUCCUCACAGUUGCGGCCUUCGACUCGGAGCACUACGCUGCUUUCCCGAUCAUGAUAUCUGGGACCAACAAGAGUGAAGACGACCUCUCUCAGGCACGCUGGAUUCAGACAGCUUUGGAUGCAUGGGACAAGGAAGGUUGCGGGGAUGUCUGGUCUAUCGCAUCUGACGGUGAUGCAACACGACGGCGUGCACUUCAUCGGCUUUUCAUGUGCAUGGAGCUGAAACCUGCAGCUGACUCUACCGUUCCGAGCAUCUAUGACCUCCUGAAGCCCCUCUUGCGUCUUAACCUUGGCUGUGGCAAAAAGGAGCGCACACUGUCGAUAGACUACAAGCAUAAGUUCAAAAACUUUGCAAGUCUUCUGCGACUUCCAGCCGGUAUCCUCGUGGUCGAUGAACAUAUCCAAUCUGUCCGUCUGCGAGACCUACUUGGAUCAGUUCUCAACUACAGUACCGCCAAGUUGACACGACUGUUCGAUAACAAAGACCACCAGAACGUCCCGAACGCCGUUUCCCUACUAAGCGCAGUCAGGAUGCUCUCCGAAGAGCCCAAAUUUUCGCAGCCCCUGGAAAACCGAGCCAUUGUUGUCCUUGGACGCUUCAUUGGUUUUCUACUUGAUCCAUUCACUAUCCCGACCCUGUCUCUCUCCGAGCAGCUCUCAUCUCUCUCUGCUGCUGCACAUAUGCUCUUCAUCCUCUAUCGCCGCAACCGCACAUCUUUCUGCCCGGGGCAGUGGUACUACGAUGUCCAGUCGCUCAUCAAGUCGAUCUUCAUCACCGUUGCGAAGCAGAAGCUUCUUGAU